CCCCGUCUCACGCGAAACAGGCAGCUCCGGGGACCAGCGCAGCGCCAGGAGUCUCCGAAGCGGGGACCGCGGCACCCCGGGGUGCCCGCAGACGCGUCUGCGGGACGUCACAAGAGUGGCAAACCCAGAGGUUUCGGGGUCAGCCGCUUCUCCCUGGUGCCGAGUCGUUUGCGGUGGAAGACUUGCUGUUAUUUUCCUGUAGGCGAGGGAAGAGCGACAACCAGGCGCUGGCGUUUCCCAGGGGGGUGAGCCGUCGGAGCAGCGCCUCCGUCCAGGAGGGGACAUGGCUGAGAGCCCCUGGCUCAGGUGCGGCCUCUUUCCGGACCUGUGCAGGACCCCUUGAAUCAAGACGAUGCUGGAGAAUGCCGAAUUAGCCGGCCCGCCGCGGUGCUGAUGCCAAGAGCUGACCAAAAAGCAUCCUUGCUCGUUCCACGCUCUGUCCCGUGCACUUUUGAAUAAAGCCCCAUGAGAAACAGGCAGCUCCAGGGAACGUCAGCAGUGCCCGGGCAUUAACACAUCGCCGGGAUGGCAGCGGGCACGGAGGAAAAACCUCCUUUCUAAAGACCAAGCUGUGUCUCAUGACGACCUCCCGCACUAUGUUUUAUGGGUUGUCUCCCACCAUGGCCCCCCCUUCCAGAAGCAAGCUGAAGCGGCAGAGCCGGAUAUUUUCCCAGGUUUUGUACCGCACGCUGAGCUACAAGGACCGCAGUUUGGUGUCUGCUUUCCCUGGUGCCAGCAGUGACGACCCAGCUGAGCUUUCCACCCAGCUCUCUGCUCCCGGGGUCCUCAAGAUUUUUGGAGGCAACAUCUGUGCAGGCACCAACUACAAGAGCGUUCUGGCAACAGUCAGCUCGAGUGCACAGGAGCUCGCCAAGGAAGCGCUGGAGCGCUAUGGCCUGAGCAAGGUGAAUGCUGGCCAGUACGUGCUGUGCGAUGUCAUCGGGCGGUUUGAGGGCUGUAUCAAGCAGUGGCAGACGGAAGGCUUGAGGGUCCUUGGGGAUAACGAGAAGCCCCUUCUGAUCCAGGACCUGUGGAAGCCCAGGGAAGGCUACGCCCGGCGCUUCGAGCUGCGGAAGAGGUCCGAGGUGGAGGAGCUGGCUGCCCAGGAUGUAGACACCCUGACCGCAGGCAUCAAUGCUCAAGCUCGGAAGCUGCAGAGGAACCGGGCGAAGGGCACCAUGACCCUGCUGACGGGGUACCAGCGCCAUGCCACGCCGCCCUCCCUGCGGCGCAGUGUGAGCGAGACCAGCCUAAGCCAGCCGGGUUCGCAGGAGGAGGAGCUCAAGAAACAUUACUCCACCUUGCCGGAGAACAUGCGGGGCCUGGAGACCUCGCCGGGCGAGUCCCCGGCCCCAGCCCCAACGGAGGAGCGGACCGGGGGCAGCAUGCGGUACUCCCUCUACCAGUCUCCUCACCUCCUCCUUCUGCAGGGCUACAGCCAGCAGCACGACAGCUUGGUGUACCUGCUAAACCGUGAGCAGCACACCGUGGGCCAGAGGACUCAGGCCAGCAAACCCAGCAUCAGCCUCUCCGCCCCGGACAUCCUGCCCCUUCACUGCACCAUCCGGCGCCUCAAACCCUCCAGCCGCACCCGGCACCGCGCGGAGGACAAGCUGCUGCUGGAGCCCAUCCUGGGUGCCAGCGUGGCCGUCAACUUCUCGGAGGUGUCGAGGACAAUCGUGCUGCACCACGGGGACCUCCUGUCCUUGGGGCUGUACUACCUGCUUCUCUACAAGGACCCCGUGAAGGCCCAGCCACUGCCCGCCCAGAGCCUCAUGCGGCUGAAAUCCCUGCACCGCGCCACGGACCCCGAGCUGCCCUCCACCUGCAAACUGUGCGGCAGCCUCUUGAAGGAGAGGGGCUCGUCCUCCAAGAGGCGUGGGCCAUCUCCUGCCACCGGCCAGAGGGCUGCCAAGCAGAAGCUGCAGCUGGAGUUUGAGCGGGCUGUGGAGGACGUUCUUCUGAGGAGGAUCCUGACCCUGAUCGAGCCCGGGGGUGACGACCACAAGCUGACCCCCGCUUUCCUGCUGUGCCUCUGCGUCCAGCACUCAGCCGCUGCCUUCGAGCCGGGUGAUUUUGGGCAGCUGCUGCUCAAGGCGGCCAAGAUGAUUCAGAGGACGGUGUGGGAGAAAACCAAGGAGCUGGCCGAGAAGCAGUCCCAGCACCAGGAUCCUGCAUCCCUGUCGCACUUCACAAUCGGAGACCUGGUCCCGGACCUGCAGCAUGUUCUCUUCUGGAUGUCCAACUCCAUCGAGCUACUGUACUUCAUCCAGCAGAAAUCCCCCGUCUAUAUCCAGAGCAUGGAGGAGGAGAUGGAUGUCAAGGGUUCAAAGGAGUCUCUGUUCUCUUCGACCAUCACAGCCAGCGAGGAAGCCAUGACAGUGCUGGAGGAAGUGAUCAUGUAUACAUUUCAGCAGUGUGUCUACUAUAUCUCCAAGUCUUUGUAUGUCUCUCUCCCCGGCCUUCUGGAGUGUAACCCCUUCCAGAAUGAGGGCCGGGAAGGCUGGCAGGGAUUGCCUCAGCUGCCUGAGGAGAUCUGCAGAGUUGCGUUGAUUUACCAGGAGACGCUAGACUUGCUUCACCAGUACGAGGUGCACCCCGAGAUCGCUUCUCAGAUGUUUGCCUACCUCUUCUUCUUUUCCAACACGCUGCUCUUCAAUCACCUGAUGGACAAAGGUCCCUCCUUGGGCUGCUUCCACUGGUCGAAAGGGGUGAAGAUCCGCGCGUGCUUGCGGCUGCUCCUGGAUUGGGUGCGUGGCCUGGGCUUCGAGCAGCUGGCCAAGCAGUUCUUCAGCAAGCUCUCCAGCCUGGCCGACCUCCUGGCCCUGCCGAGCUCCCAGCUGGUGCAGAUGCCCUGGCCCUCACUGAGAGUGGAGUUCCCAGCUCUGAGCCCUGCACAGCUCCAUCGAGUCCUGACGCAGUACCAGGCCGUGUCUGACGUGGGCGGCGGCGCAGCUUGGCAGCCUGGCGAGGAGGACAGCGCUUUGGCCUCCAGGACAGGUGAAGUCCUGGAGUCCUUCGAUAACCACCCACCCAUCGUCCUGCCGAGCGGGGGCUUCCAGGUAGAGCUGGAGGUGGAGACGCUGGACGACAAUGUUUAUCGGCACCUCCUCUACAUCCGUCAUUUCCUGUGGAGUCUGCGGAGUAAAAGCCCCCACGCUGGUGACAGCCUGGAGCCGGAGCCCCCAAAGAAAGACGCAUCUGCUGGCCAAGCGGUGCUUGAGGUGGCCGAGAGCGUGAGCGCCAGAUUGGCCCCAGGGAGUUCCUCCGGGCAGGCUGAGUACGGGCUCCCUGGCACCUGCGGGGCCGUGGAGCUGGAUGGGAAUCCUCCGCUCGCCUCGGACGCAAGCUGGCCUGCCCAGGAGUGCCGCGCCAGCGAGGGGCAGCUCCAAGAGAAGCUCAGGCAGCUGCAGCUGCAGAGCACCCUAGGAAAAAGCCUCCCCAAGGCCAGCCUGCUGCCGCUGGACCCCUCCUGCCUGCUGACGCCACCUAACACCCCGCUCGAGUUCGACGGAGGAAGCCCAGAGGCCCUUCAGGGCCCCGGCUGUGGCAAUGCUGUGCAGGUGCCACGGCGCAAUGGCCUCAGUGGCACCAAAGCCACGACCCCUGAAGGCUGUUCCCCAGCAUCCUAUGACUACCCCACACCGGCAUCUUCCGGUCGCAGCUCGGCCACGGAUGAUUUCUGCUACGUCUUUGUGGUGGAACUGGAAAAAGGGCCCAUUGGGCUGGGGAUGGGCCUGAUUGAUGGCUUGCACACACCAUUGAACUCCCCUGGGAUGUACAUCAGGACCCUCAUCCAGGACAGCCCUGCGGCCUCAGAUGGCAGGCUCUCCAUAGGCGACCGCAUCCUUGCUGUCAACGGGACCAGUUUGAUUGGCGCCGACUACCAGAGCGCGGUCGAUCUCAUCCGGUCAGGAGGAAAGAAGCUGCGGUUCCUCGUUGCCAAGUCAGACAUGGAUAUCGCCAAAAAGAUCAGCUCCAGCUUGUCUCCAUCUUCCUAAUUCCUUUGUGCUGGGGCCCGCAGCUGACUUGGCUGCCUGGGUGCCCAGGGGAGCAUGCAGCUGGAGAAGCAAGCAAGAAACAGGUGCUUGUCCUGCUCCCCCCAGGCUGCAGGAUCGGGGAGAGACUGGUGCAGGCUCCCAGGGCUCAUCCCAGAGCCUGGCCUGGAGGGUGCGAAUGCGCCGCAUCUCCCACUGCUGCAGCUCGGCUCAUUGCAUGGCCAGCUCUUCCUCCGUCACAGACAGGCCCAGCCUGGCUCUGCUGGCCCCCAGGCUCUGCUCUGCUAAGGGCUGAUCCCUGUCUGUCCUCGAAGGACUGUUGGCUACAGGGAGGCUGGUUAUGCUCCCCUGGGCAAAGCUAGUGGUUUGGGCUCUUCCCUUUGUCUCCAGUCUGCCUCGCGCUAGCGCUGCUCUGGUGGCCUGGCUAGCGGUAGCAGGUCCUGGACUGCCCUGCCCGGGAGUCACCCUGCAGGGGGUGGCCAGCAGCCAGGAAUUAAAAAGCAAUGUCACUGAA